UCGUUUUGUAGGUCUACAGAAAACAGAAUACCGAAACAAAAUUGUAAAAGCCCAUAAAUCUAGGGGUCUAAGUCCACAGAGUGGUGGCCCAUUUGCGACCCAUUUGUUGUUCUUUAUCAUAUUGCCGUAGUAGUAGUCGGUCGAUCUGAAAAAUUAGGGUGAAAAUGGGGGAUUCGUCGCCAGAAUAUGAUCCAGAGUAUGCCCGAAUCGCAGCGGAGGUGCGGGCGGAAUUGAAGGAGCUCGGAGAAGAUGAACAAAAUUCAUUCUCCGAUGAUGAUGAUCCCGCUGAUCGUGGGUGGUCCACAUACGUUACAGAUGCCAAAGCUUUUUUUGCAGGUAGGAGGAUAAAACCUAAAGCAUGGCGCUUUUAUUAUGACAGGGGCCUCUGCGCUAGACUUGCACUCUACUGUUACAAUCUUCAGAAGGGCACAGUUUACGAUUUUUGGUUUAUCAGUCAGCUACAUGAGCAGACUCACCGUUCCUUCACCAAGUCUUUCAUAACAUUUGAGGCGGUGAAUCCAGCCCACCAUUCUUCUCCAAUCACUUUCGAGACUUGCGUUAAGCAUAUAGAUGAUCAAGUUACACACGUCCCCAAUUUGUGGUGGGAGACUCACAUUUGCAGGGUGGAAGGUAGCGAAGAGGCUGAUUAUGAGUGGGACGAUGGAGCCGUAAAUGAUUGUUACAAAGGUGAAAUGCCCAAAUGGCUGUCUGAUGAAGAUCAGCAACGAUGCUAUGUGGUUAAACAAUCAGAGCUUCAUGACCAGAAAAACGGUUGGCUGACUCUCUUAACCGAGUUUGCCUUCUUCACGAAAUGGAAUGGACCUCUCAGUCCGGGAGAGAUUGAGGAUUGCCGACCUUUGAUUACUCAAGAAGUGGUUGUGGAAACUCUUGAUGAAGAAGCUGAGAAAGAGCAGUCGAGUGAUAAAGUGAUCAAUGCGGCCAAUGCAAUCUUCUACAUAUCUUUUGAGUGCGUGGAGGAUCCAACGAAAGGUCGUUACAGGGCGGUUGUACGGAAGACGAUGGAUGGGAAACCUGGGCACAUGCGCCUCGAGGUUACGUGUUCGAAAGUCUGAGAUCAAAAUUUCACUAUCUUGUCGGAAUAUUCUCGACAAUAUUAAUUAGCUAAGCAUGCUUCUUUAUAUGUUGUCUCCAUGAAAUGUUGUAACAACUCUUUUUAGGAUGUUUAAUCUAUAAAUUAGCCGAUAAAGAACAAACAAUUAUCCAGAAGAAAAAAAAAUUGGUUUAUUAAACCGAUUCGCCAACAAUGUUGGGCCUGUUGUGUAGUUUUAAUCAUCAUUGGGCUCUGAAGAUACGGGUUGGGUUUUAGCCCGGUCAAUAAAGUGAGAUAGAUCCCCGGUUGGAUGUUCUUUUCCUCUAGCGCGUCGAGUAAGAAGGAGAAUCAGAAGCAGAGAAUCGUCGUCGUGAAAUCUAUAACCAUGGCUGAUUUUCAUUUGGUCCCAGAGUUAACACGGCACCGCCACACUGUACCAGCCAUAUCCGAUGAUUUCUACAACUAUAUGAAGUUGAUAAAUAAAACUGACCCGGAAAUCAUGUCUAAACUUUUGCCUAUUUUACGCACAAUACCAGACUCCGGCAUCCAACUCGUUAAUACCAAGUUCACAAAUUAUGCAAUUUGGAUUAAAAAACAGAGUCGGAGGGAAAAGAUAACUUUGGACAAACAGUACGCUGUUUUGCAAUAUGAUGAAGAACAUGAAAUAGUUUGGGCUGUCAUAGCAGCGAAGUUGUUGAGUAUUGUAAAACAUAGACCGGAGAGCAUCUUAACUGAUUACUCAGCCCAAUAUAUGCUUGAUUUCGCUCCUCGCCCGAAAAAGGCGCAGAUAAAACAUCAGCGUACUUGUUGCAAACCUCUUAGUGUACUGGAUGGGCUGAAGUAUGGAUUGAAAAAUAACUUACCCAGAGAACAAGAUUGGAAAUAUGCAGGAUGUAGGGAUAUUUGCAAACCAACGGGCCUUUCACUCUUCCGCAUGGUAGGAGACUUGAGACCAACAAAAAGACUGAGCGCUGCUUUGUCCGCAUUGAGAAUGAUACCUGUUGCGGCUCAGUUGCAUGUAUUUGAGCCAGAUAUUGACAUCGUUGGAAAUGAAAUUUAUCGUGGACCAAAGUAUUUUGAGUCUAAGUACGUGGGACUUAGAGAUGUGAUGAUUUAUGCUACUGACAUAGUGGAUGAGGAGCUGGUUGCGGUGGUAAACUUCCCUUACAAAAGAUUGAAAGAAUUGCGUGUCUUGCUAGAUGUGAUGCUAGUCCAGACACCAAGAGAGGAUGAAACUAAUGAUCCCUUCGAAGAACUGGAAAAUCCCACUUGUUUGCUUACAAAAUUCUGCAUCUUACUAUGACCAUAACAUCCACACUACUCCCCAUAUGGUGUUUUCAUACAGUUCUCUGUGAUAUUGUCGACGACGUGUUCUACUGCUUAUUUUUCUAAACUAGUUUUUGUAAUGGAUUUUCUUGUAUUUCCUAAAUUUGAGAACCUUGAAGUUUGCAUGUUAUUCUGGAACUUUUCUAAGGGUUUUUUGUGUUAAUAUUCAUAACAUAAUUCUGAUGUA